AUGACCUCGACAAUUCCCAACUACUCAGCCGGCAAUGACCGAUUCGACGCAGAAGCAGCCACUUGGGACUCCAAACCUGAAGUUGUUGAAUCUUCUCGUCUCUGUCUCCAAGCCAUUCUCUCUCACCAGGAACACUUCCCAAAUCUUGCUUCCUCCGACAUCCUCGAGAUCGGCUGUGGCACAGGCUUGCUCACCCUCCCACUCGCACAGCAUGUCCAGUCAAUUGUCGCGCUAGACACGGCACAAGGCAUGAUUGACAUGCUCAACUCCAAGCUGGCUAAGCAAGUAGUUCAGGGAAAGGUAGAGGCCAAAGUAAAGCUGUUAGAAGAUUCAGAGGAUUCGGUGCUAGGUGGAAAGAAGUUUGAUGCGGUAGUAAGCCAUCUCGUCUUCCAUCAUGUCCCGAAUAUGGCGGAGCUGGUCCAUGUCAUGAAGGGAACGCUGAAGCAGGGUGCAAGGCUGUGGAUUUCAGACUUUGAGCAUGAUGGCGUUCAGGCUGAAGCUUUUCAUCCGAAAGACAAGCAUGCUGGCGUGGAGCGUCACGGCCUGAAGCGUACCGAGAUGGAACAGAUCUUGAACAAAGCCGGCUUCAAAGACAUUCAGGUCUUUGAAAGCUUCAAGAUGGACAAGGAGAUCGAGGCUGGUGAGACCCAGUCGUUCCCCUUCCUCGCGAUUACCGGAACUCGACCCUAA